AUGGGCUUUGGUGUUAAAUGGAGGCAGUGGGUUAGAUGUUGUGUAGAAUUUACAAGGUUCUCAGUUUUUAUUAAUGGGAGUGCAACUGGUUAUUUCAAGAUAAAGAAAGUGAUAAGACAAGGUGAUCCCAUUUUAUCUUUAUUGUUUCUUCUGGUCGGUGAAGCUUUAGCUUUUAUGAUUAGAAGAGCACAAGAGAAGGGUAGCUUAUGUGGUUUUCAAGUGAAGUCUAAUGGUCCGCUUCUUAGUCAUUUACAGUUUGCAUAUGACACUUUGAUAUUUAUAAAUGCUGACAUUGAACAAGUUAAAAAUUUAAGACUUAUUCUUCUUUCCUUUGAAUUCUUUACAGGUCUGAAACUUAACUUUGCUAAAAGUCAAAUAUUUGGUAUGGGUUAUGAUGGUAAUUUAAGUGUGUUUUCUUCUCAUAUGGGGUGUUACAGUGGUGUUCUACCUACUACUUAUCUUGGUUUUCCUUUGGGUGACAAAUGUAGAGGUGUUGCAAAUGGGAAAAAAUGGUGGACAAGUUCAUUGAAAGAUUACAUGGUAAGAUUACUCUAA